UUUUGAGGUAUGUCCCUUCUUGCCAAUUUUGCCUCAAGUUUUAAUCCUAAAGGGAUGCUGGAUUUUGUCAAAAGUUUUUUCUGCGUCCAUGACCUUAAUUCUUAACCCUGGCUGCUCUUUAGAAUCCUCCAGGAUUAAGCUUUAAACAAAUAGUGAUGCCUGGGCCCUGCUCCACAUCAACUAAAUCAGAAUCUCUGUGGUGGGGGCCUGGAGUCCUGCUUAUUUUAACAGCUUCCAGGGUGACUAGUGUGCAGCCAGCCAGAGCACCACUACUCUGUGACAUAUGAGAAGCUGUUGAGUCACCUGCUAUUGUUGACAUUACAGGCAGUUCAUGUUCUCUUCCAGACACUUGGAGGUCUUUAGGAGAAGUGAAUGCUUGGCACUGUUCUUUCAUCUCAUUUCCACUUCUUGAACCACCAUCAUUAGGAAUUACUGCUUUAUUUGUGAUAGCAGUAAAACACAAAUAAUUUUGCCACCUGCUUUCUUGCCAGAAUUAUGAAGCAACAUAUUUCUUAGAGCAAAAUCCAGAAAGUUAUAUAACUUACAAAUUUAUUAGUUAAAAUUUGCCUCCCUCGGGAGACAAGGGGGUAGCAUUUGUGGAAUUUUGUGAUCGUUGCUUGGCAACUAUAUCUAAGACAGUUAAGCUUCUGCAUUCUGUGAACUGUUGAGUCACAAAGUUUGGUGAGCCCAGUCAAUUGCUUCCUGCUGCUAGAAGGAAAUUAAUUCUUCAUUAUGUAGAGGACUUGACAAGUUUUCAUCCAGAGCAGGCCAUUCGUAGUUAUGUCACACUUCUUCUACUUGACUCCACAAAUUCUUCUGCCCUUUAGCCCUCUUACUUCUCAAGAGUUUGAUCUGAUCAGACGCAAGGCUGGAGCAUCUUGGCAGGAUGAAACACGAUGGUCAGAUUCUUCCAUGACAACAUACAUAGGCAGUUACCGGAAAAAACAACUGGACAAGUCCACAUGCAGCCAAUUUUCUUUUAGAGCAGGACAGCAUCAGCCUGAGUGUAAACAGAUGUCAUUGCCAAACAGUUCUGCCUGUCGUCUUCUCUGCUGGGCUGGUACCCAAGAGACUACAGAUGUCAAAGGACUAUUCCCUGAAAUAACCAGGCCCUUUAAAAAGUCAUUUGAUGUCAAGCAUGGAGUGGCACAUCAAAUUUGGGAUUUUGGUGAUUGUUUUCCAACACCUCCAAAUUAUGGAAAAUACUGUGUAAGACCUAAAAAGCUAGCACAGGAGGCCCUGAUAAACUACAGUCGACGAGGGAAAGGUGUCCUAAAGCAUCUUCAUGGACGGUGCGAUUCUGAAAGCAAGGUUGGCUCAUCUGAGGAUUCAGAAGCUGAUCGAUACUCUGAUUAUGGCUGGGGAGGACCCUCAUCGCCAUUUAACUGAGUUGGAAAACGAAGCCACAGUGCUGGAGGCGUGGAGUUUGCUUAAUAAACAACUUUGAGGUAUGGGGCCCCCCCAACACCCCCCUGCCCAGGAACAUCUGGACCCUGGCAGGUUGGCUUUCUGGGACAAUUCCAUGGGCUUCAUUUCUCAAUUUGUUCCCUUUUUAAUUGGUGGUGAGAGACAAAACGUGUUAUAAUCUUUAUUAAACUUUCCUUUUUAAAUAAAUACUUGGGACCACAUUUAUCCACAAGAACCACAGAAAUGGUGCUGCGGCCCCGACCGUCGUGGGCUCCGGCGUCACAGAGCCUGUCCCUUGUAUCUGGGAGCCCCGGGGAAGGGCGCAGGGGCGUGAGAAAGGUUCUUUGUAUUCAGAGCGGUCACCCAGCAGAGCCGGAGCCUUCCACCGCCAGGUUUUCCUCCGCGCAAGGCGCCGCCGGGAAGCGAAUUGCCUUCGACCGUCGGGGCGGGGUCGCGGCCCUCCCGCCCUGGCUGUCUCGAUUCAACUACAAAGAAAGAAUUAUGAACGGAAGCUCUACUACUUCAUAAAGAAGAAGAGGCCUUGAUUAAUAAAUAACCUGACACCCUUCAGAUGUUGCACAGGGAAAAACGGAGUGCCCCAAUUUCUGGGAGUCACUGUACUUCACUUACCCUGGGGCCUGUUUUACAGGCAUUUGCCUGCUUAGUUAAUUGUAGUUAUUCCCAAAAUAAACCCCAUUUUGUGUGGGACUCUUCUAUUCUGAGGGAAUGAUGUAAGCAAGAAUAUUGGCUGGAGUAUCUUGAAUAUCUGUGAUGGAUGGCUCCUCAGAAUGAAUCCUAAAUCUCCAAGGGACCCCUUUUAUCUUGUGAUUUUGCUCACAGGUUCUAAGCUGCUGCUGGGAAGGGUUCCAGUUCUAUAUUCUCUGUCUUCUGGAAGCACUGAUGAAAUCACUCAGCUGCUAUCCGCUUCCAUCUCUCACUAAGCACCUCUUGGCUCUCCUUCGUCCCCACAGACUGAAAGCAUGGAGGUGACUAAUGAGAUGUGUCUUCCCCUUCAAAUUGUUCACAAGUCCCACAUGACCUUUGGCAGGCAGGGGUUCUACCGUGGUGCUUCUGACUGUGGAUAAGGGGAAACUACGUGCUCACCACGGCUUGCUAUUUCUCCUUGCUCCCGUGACCAGUGCGGCAGCUCUGUUAAAUGGUCAGGCACGGUUUGUUGGUGGCUCCCAAACAAUCCAUCAGCAGUGGACGCAUUAUAGAAAACAUGGCUUUGAGUCUUAGCUUAAACUAUAUUUAUGUAGCGUGACAGUAGGAGAAAUAUCUAAUCGUGCUUGGAUUACAAUUCAAACAAAGGCCUCAUGACUGGCUUGCAGAUGCCGGGGUCCACACACCGUUUUCCAGAGAAGUCAAGAUGGGAGAGGGUGUGAUCUGUUCUGUCAUGAACAGUUCUGUUUCCAGACCAUUUCUCCAAGUCACUGAAGGCCCAUUUCUGGGGAAAUGAUUACUAAACUGAUGAUUAUUUUCUUUGUAUUGCUGGCUAUUCUCAACUUCAGGGAAAAUGUAAGGUAGCUGUGGAGUUUAAGGAAAAAAAAAUGUGUACACAAAAUGAGAAGCCACAUCUGCCUGUAGCACUAGCAAAAAUCAAAGAAGUCUGGCUUAUUUCAACACCAGCCACCUCAAAACCAAAUUAGUAUUUGAAUCAAAUUAAUGUAUUUGACUCAAUCACCUAAAAAAUAGCUGUUGGAUGAAAAAAUAAAAGAGAAAAUAGUGUCUAAUUAGUGACUGGCCAUUUUCAAAGUGGCUUCUCCUACAUUAUCUCAUUUUUUAAAAAGUAAAUUUGAUCUUUUUAAAUGUUAGAGUGAAGUGGUUCACAAUUGCUUGAAAUAAGCAAAGGACAUUAUAUUUAUAAGCAUGCAAAUUACAAACCAGGCAAAACAGUCUCUUCUGCUGCUUUAUAUAUUUUUGUCAACCAUCAUAGAUUCAUGGAAAGGUCUCAAAUAGAUAGAACAAAAUGGAUUUUAAAAAAUUGUUUGAA